CACGUGUGACGAGCUUCUUCCCGGCUCAAUAAUAUUCUCUAAGCGGGUCCUCGCUUAGCUGCUGCCUCUCACUGUGUGACUGAGAAAGAUACACACACUCACACAGUCCCAGCGAAGGAGUGAGGCUGUCACUGUGCCUAUGUGUGAGCUGGGGCUUUGUUAGUCUUCCCUGUUAGACUUUUCUGUUUGUUUAGCUUUUUCAUUUAUUUUUUUUAUUUUAUAUUUUUGUAUUCUUUUUUUUUACAUAAAACAAAAAAUAUCAGCAAAACUGUUUGAAGAGGAUAUGGAGGCAGAUGGGAGCCAGGCCACCUCUGGGAGUCCGAAUGAUUCUCAGCACGACCCUGGUAAAAUGUUUAUCGGCGGCCUGAGCUGGCAGACCACCCCAGAUAGCCUCCGAGAUUAUUUUAGCAAAUUUGGAGAAAUCAGAGAAUGUAUGGUGAUGAGGGAUCCCACUACAAAACGAUCCAGAGGCUUCGGUUUCGUUACGUUUGCAGAUCCUGCAAGUGUAGAUAAAGUAUUAGCUCAACCCCAUCAUGAAUUAGAUUCCAAAACGAUUGACCCUAAAGUUGCAUUUCCCAGAAGAGCACAGCCCAAGAUGGUCACAAGAACAAAGAAAAUAUUUGUAGGUGGAUUAUCAGCAAACACGGUAGUGGAAGACGUAAAGCAAUACUUUGAACAGUUUGGCAAGGUUGAAGAUGCCAUGUUGAUGUUUGACAAAACUACUAACAGGCAUAGAGGUUUUGGCUUUGUAACCUUUGAAAAUGAAGAUGUUGUGGAAAAAGUCUGUGAAAUUCACUUCCAUGAAAUAAACAACAAAAUGGUUGAAUGUAAGAAAGCGCAGCCUAAAGAGGUGAUGUUUCCUCCCGGAACAAGAGGACGGGCGAGGGGUCUACCUUAUACCAUGGAUGCUUUCAUGCUGGGGAUGGGGAUGCUGGGUUAUCCAAAUUUUGUUGCAACAUAUGGUCGAGGAUACCCUGGAUUUGCACCGAGCUACAGCUAUCAAUUCCCAGGUUUUCCUGCAGCAGCGGCAUACGGACCCGUAGCAGCAGCAGCAGUGGCAGCAGCCAGAGGAUCAGGAAUCCCAGAUUAUGGUUUCUAUACUUCGCCCGGUGACCAACGGGCUGCCUUAUCGUUCGCGGAUUAUGGUUCCAUGGGGCCUCGAGCGGCACAGAUGCUUCGUAGUGAGCAUGCUGCUUCAGCAAGUAACUCCCCCCUCCAUCACCUUCCCAGCCCGGAUCAGUUUAAGAACCAAGUUAUGAAUAGCUACAGUGCUCAACCGAAUUAUGGCGCACCUGCUUCCCCAGCAGGCACCAACCCAGCUCGACCAGGAGGAUUUCCGGGGGCCAACAGUCCAGGCCCAGUUGCUGAUCUAUAUGGGACUGCUAGCCAGGACUCCGGUGUGGGUAAUUACAUUAGCGCGGCAAGUCCUCAACCGGGCUCUGGCUUCGGGCACGGAAUAGCUGGGCCUUUGAUUGCAACGGCUUUUACAAAUGGAUAUCACUGAAACGGUUCAGGUGGUUGGUUGCCAUCUCACUUUGAGAAUUUGUCUGGAUGCCCAGUCAAGACCGGGCAAAGUUUCUGAAUGAUUCCUCAUUGGGAUCAAGUCGUCAGACCUUGAGUACUACAUCAUGACCCAGUACAAGACAGACACACAUCUGGAGAUGGCAUUCUGCGGACUGCAAUUGUUUCAAUCUCGUCAUCUCAUGAACCUACUGUGCUAUAGAAUCGACAGCUUUUACGUCAUAUAUUUUGCUUUUAUUGUUGCUUGUAUGUUUUUUUUUUUUAACAUUUUAUUCAAAUAUUUGGGAGUGAGGGGCUACUAUUUUCAGUACUUGUCUAGUUUUAUUUCUUUUUAAUCUUGUACACAUUGAGCUAAAGCGAACUGUUGUAGACUUCAUAAUUAACGUUUGCAUUCUCUGAAUGUUUUUUUUUUCUGUUUUUUUUUUUUUAAGCAAAGGUUGAGACUUUAAAAGUGAAUUGCAAAUUUUGGUACCAAUCACAAUGACAUAAAAAAAAAUUCUUAACCCUUGUAUUAAAGACUUAAGUUUGGUUUUAACACACAAUGAUAUUAAAGCUCUUACUAUAGGGUUAUGGGGUACUGAAGGCACGUUUCAGUUUCAUGAUGUAUAUAAUGUAAAAGUGCAGCUAACUAAACCGAAUAUUUAGAUAUUUUUUUGUGAUGUCUCUGUUAAACUGAUUAUAUCUAUUUUCGGCAAUAACUUAAGGACAAGAAUUUGUUGAGUCCUCGUUUUUUCUAUAAGUGUGUUUUUUUUGUUUGUUUUUUUUUUCUUGAAAAAAAAAUAUAUUCUAAGGUUUUAUCAAAUUGAUUCAUGAAGCAAACUAAAUGCUGUAAAUAAUCUUCCAUUAACUGCAUAUACACUUAGAGAACUUUUAAAAUAAAAAAAUAUUUUUGUGAGGGCAUAAAGCAUCUAUGGACAAUGCAGGGGACACACCAUUCUGUACUUUUAAGCCCUGAAUAAAUUGCCAAGGUGUGCCCUACUAGCUAUAUUAACACUGUCUAAGCUUGUUGUGUAGGUGUUUAGACCUGAUAACUGUACUAGCGUCAUACCAGCAUAUUACCAACAUAAACUAUGUGCACAGCUUAAAAAAUCUAGUUCUAUUUUUAUUUUGAUUUGGAGGAUGAAGAUUUAAAUAUUUAUCCAUUCUGAAAAUUAAGCUACAGUUUUGAUAUUUAAAGUAUUUAAAGGAUGCAUACCAAUUUUCAUAGUUAAAAUUAGAUUUAAAAAAAAAAAAGUCCGGUCAUUUCAGCUGCUCUCUGUAUAUAUUUUUUCCUCUUUUAAAGCUAAAUUUCUAUAUUGCUUUCUUCAUUGACUAAUGUGUUGUGUAGGGAAAGGAAUCCUUCAUACUUUGUUAUUUUAUGACCAUUGUUUUUCUCCUUUUAAUAAAUUAGGAAUGCGAAACAUGUGUUUUAAUACCUCAGUGCUAAAAGUAUCACAAUAGAGGAUAUGAAAGGUUAAUUUAUUGUAGAAUUAAUAAUUACAAAGUAAAGUAUAAAACAUCAUUGCACUGUGACUGGUAGGGAAAACUGACAAUUUCCUAUUUGCACAAGUUUAUUUUGGCUGUUUUAUAUUUGGUCCUCUAUUGGGGAUACUUAUGAAGGAUAUUUUAGUUUGUUUUUUGUUUUUGUUUUGUUUUUUAUAUCAAUUAUUAGGCCUACGACAGCAACCUAGAAGUACAACUUGGUAUAGUUGGCAUUAACAACGUACUGUUGUGUGGAUGAUAUUUCUUUUUUAAUAUAUGCCAAGUUAAUUAAUAUUUUUUUUAAACUGUUACAUGUAUAAAUUGGUACUUUUUUCAUACAGCCAGUAAAGACACUGAAUGAUACAUUUCUGAGACAAAGGCUGCUGCACUCCUAUUUUUAUAAAUGUUACUAAUAGGUAGCGAUAACUUAGCUAUUGAAAUAGACACAUCUAAUUAACAAGGGUGAAAAAUUAUGACAACAGAAAGAAACUUUUUCUUCUUUUACCUAUGUGUAUUUUCCACUAUUGAAUGAAAUUCUGGAAAUCAAUUUUGAUUUUCUCUGCUUAAAAAUAAAAUAUUCUCAAUGUUUUAAGUAUAAACGUUCAGUCAUGUAAAGUAUCAAACAUUUGGAUAAUAAGUACGGUUCCCUAUGGUUUAACCUUCAAUGAUUGGGGAUUUUUUAAAAAUCAAUAUUUUGUCAAUGUUAAUGAUGUACUGUACUUCCAUAAUAUAUAUAAUAUAUAUUAUUUUUCAUUCCCAGUCACCCCAUAGAAUAUUCUUUCUUACUCAUGAAAUUAUCUUAGCAAUGUAUAUAGUGGCUAUAUUGUAUGUGUGUGCUGUCCUGAUGCUUAUGUAAUGAAUUCAUUUCCUCCUUCUCUUUCCUGUAGUAAAUAUUGGUAGUUGUAUCGUAAUUAAAAUUACAGAAAUAGAUGUAGUUCUGCAGAUUUAGGACCAGUAAGGAUAGAACUUUCUCUAAUUUAAGGAAAAAAUGCUGAUGAUUUUUGGAGCAGUUUAUUUUCUUUUUUUAUUAUUGUUAUUAUAAUUAUUAUUAUUUUUUUAAUCUGAUGUGGUUUCAACUAACCAAAGGUCUCACAACGCUAAAAUGCUGGCAAACUCUAAUAGGCAUUUUUGUAGAUCGCCCUACCCUCCCUUGAUUUUGAAAGGGGAAUGCCAUACUACCUUAAAUGCUAAUGCUAUAUAUAUGCAAAACUGGAUUUUUUUAAUUUAUUUUUUAAAAGAGGGAGGCAUGGUAUAUUAAAUGAUUUUACUAAGAGAAAAACAAAUAUUUUUUUAAGAAUGCUCAGAAGUAAUCGAUAAUCUGUGUGAAAAUGUUUUAGAUGUUUAUAUAACUUUUGAAGCGUUCCAUUGGCCCAUAUAUGAAAUAUUGUGGAACCUGUUAUGUUUUUAAAUGUGGCUACCCUAGACCAAGGUUCACUCUAGUCCCUUGCUCAUGUAGUACUUCCAUCAUUAUGUCAGAUACUCUAGCACAAACUACUAGGAGCCUUUGUUUUACUCAAGGAUAAAUGGUCGUGCCUGCUUGCCGUAGCAAGCUAAAGCUGAUCUACAGCAGUGUUGUCCCAAUACUUUUAUGAAAUUGAAACCUUCAGGAGAUGCAUGCAGUACAUACAGCUUUAGUUCAGGUAUUUUCUGUCUUAAAAAGAUAUUAAAGUAAUAGCAGCUUUUAAACAUUAAUAUUUUCCAUGUGGGGGUAUGCUACAGAUAUUUAAUUAUUACCCAACAGAUCAUAUUUCUAUUCAUAUAAAAGGGUUUUCUUGCAUAUAUUGCUUCACUUUCUCAGUUUAUUUGAAAGGAGGGUACAGCUAGCUCUCUCCGGCUUCCUGACUGCGCAAACUAUCUAUGAAAGAUGGUGGCGUUAUAAGCUGCCUGUGCUGGAAAAUGGAUAUAGAGUAUAUUAUAGUUCACGUUUUUCAUCCAAAAUAUUUUUAAUGUUUACAAUAUGCUAUUUUAAAUGCAUACUUGAAUUUUGGAAUUCCAUGUCCUAUUAAAUUACCGUUACUUUUGAUAUUCUUAAACUCAAUACACUGAGUAGAUAAGUAUUUCAGAUACAGAAAACCACAUUUAUUUACUGUACCAUCUAAGCCACUAAAAUAAAAAAGAAAGGCUUAUUAGCCUCACUUCAACUAUCUGACCACUGAAUGUGAUUAGCAGUAUGGCUGGUAAUAUACUCAUCUUUAAAAGUGAAAAGUUUAAAUUACAUUGCAUAUUUUUAAAUUGCCGAAUUUAACCCCUUCGUGACUGGGGCAAAUGUUGACAAUCGCAACAAAGUUCCAAUGUAAAGGAAAAAGGAAGUCUAACGCUGGGAUCGGAUCCUGGGGGCUGCCUACAAUGCUAGGCAAGUCCCCCAGGUAGAUGUUCGUUGAAGCAGGAGGGUACAGGACACAGAAAAAGUUAGGUUGUUCCAUGCUGUCCUAACAGUGUUACAGUCCAGUGCCUUUAGGAUGGCAUGAAACAUCCUAACAGAGUUAAGUGGGUAAUAUCUAUUGAGUGCCUGGAAACUAUUUUGUUUAUAGAGACUAUGGCCCUGAUUUAUAAAAGUCUGGUUGGACAAGUUUCUGGUUAAUGGGCAGUGGAUAUUAUUGUUGCACAAGCAGUUGCUUGUGCAGCCGCACCCCCUGCUCUUGGGGAACUAAUUACAUGAGAGCAGGGCUUGUCAAUCUUAGCCAAGGUGAUUGUAAAGGCUAAGAAGAAGUUAAGACUGCAGCUACUUAACAGGCAUUUCAGACCUGUUCUUGCAAGUCUGCAGGACUCAGGCACCCAAAGCAGCUUCAUAAAUGAGGCCCUAUACCUGUUCUUUAGUAUGAUUUAAAGUAUGUUAUCCUUCACAACAACACAACAUAUAAAAAAUGAUUUAGAAAUAGUAAAAGUAUGUAGCAUAGCUACUAGUAAUCUGACACUACUUACUCUGGUUUCACUAGUAACUAUAAUUUGCCCUUUUAUCUACUCUUGCCCUCAGCUACAAUAUAUUUAUACACUUUUGCUGUGGGCCCAAUAUAAAGGUUAAAAAUACUUAAUUCCCAAUGGAGUUCUUCAUUUUACAUUGUUUAAAUAGAUUAAAAAAACAUACACCACACCAAAAGUAGCCUAUGCCAUAUCUUAAAAUGGCUUAACACAUGCACAAGCCUGAAGUGAGUUUUAAUGUUUCUCUGAGACAAAACACAACUUCUGUUAAUGGUGCAGCUAUGUACUAGUUUAGUCCGUGAGGAUUCCAUGUCAUUUACACAUAUUAUUCUUAUAAAAUCUUUAUCAUUUGGACAAUAUAAAUACUAGCUUUGUAAUCAUGUUUAAUCCCUCAAGAACUAAAUUUGAACACUGCGGCAUUAAUAUAAUAUUUAUUGGGUUUUCACUGUUUUAUUCGCUCUGUCAUUAAAGAAGACCUUGAAGAAACAUGACGCUUUCUCUAACACACUAGUGAAAUUUGAUUUAUUAAAACAAAUCCUGGAUGUAAAAAGUUAAAUAAAGAUUCUGGUUUAAAUUUAAAUAAACAAAAGACUAAAUAUAUAAUACAUAUUUCCAGCAGCUAGUUAUAAAAAAAAAAGCCCUUUCUCCAUUGUCAUUUUUAUCAGGCAGUAACUUCUGCAGCAACAGUCUAUAUUUAACACACAACAAUGUGUCAUCAUAUACUGUACAAUGUCAAAAGAUGUAAACAUAGUGUACCUAAAAGACGGGAAAAAAAAUUCCCAUAUGAUAUAGCUAAAAUAAUAUAGAAAUUGAAAAAUGUAAAUGUAUCACUGAUGGAAUUUAAAAUGAUUUAGUCUGGCAGAUCUAGAUAAAUGUACCAUAUAAUCACUAUAUUUCAGAAAAGUGCCUUUUUAAUAGUUAAAAGGUUAACGAAAAGCAAUGUAGAAAAUAAUAGCACCUUGACACAAUCUUAAAUCAUUUCUAAUGCUUCAGCAUGCUUAAAAAAUAAAUAAAAAUAAGUGUGUAUACAUCGUCCCAUUUGCAGUGAAAAUGCCUUCUCUCACAUUAAAGGAUUGCUCUUAUUAAAAGAAUAAAUGUAUUUUACUGGUUGGCUCUGAAAGUAACGUUUGAAAAAUGUAACCUUUUAGCUCCUGAAAAUUGUACAACGUAGUAUCAUAGUGAUUAUUUGUCCUAAACUACAUUCUGUUUAUAUUUUAGAUAUAGGUAGAGGGAAAAUUCCACAGUGAUUUGCAAAAAUAGAUUUAAUUGCUAUACUUAAAUAUUUAUUUUUUUAUGACUUUUUUAUUUUUUAAAUCUUCCAGAACCACAGCAGGGAAUUACUCCUAAUAUGUUAACAGUUUGUACUGUGUGCAAUCUUCUUUAUAAGGUUUACCUUUAAAGGGAUGUGAAACACAGCUACUCAACCAUCUUUGUAAACUUAUUUAAUUGAAAGCCAAUUUCUAACAACGUAGAAGUGAGCAAGCACGACCUCUUGGGUAAAAUGAAGUCAGACCUGUUUUCUUUUGCUUUCUAGGUUCCAUGAUCGUUCACUUUAAGUUGAACUUGUAGCUUGGACUUUAAGGUAGCAUGGCUCUGUUGCUGUCAUUUUAUUUAUCAUUGUACAGCAGUUUACAGCUAAUAAAUUAGGCACAUUGUUCUAGACUAGUUCAAAUAUUGAGUAAUUGGUGGUAAUGACAACCUGAAAGUUGUACUUAUUUGUAUUUUUUUUUAAUUUUAUUGUUUCAACUAUAAAAAUGCCAUUUUUAACCUUAAGUCUGAAUGAGGGCUAGGGACUUAGCCACAAACACCAGACAUAUUUAAUGUUUGCCAUGCGCAAAAGCAACAUGAACAAGACUAAAGCAAUAUAGUUUAUUACAUUGAUAACAAGUCAUCCAUGAUUUAUGUGUGAUGUAUAAUUGUUUACAAGAACACUAACUUGAAAAAAAAAAAUGGAAAAAAUAUUUUGUGUGGUAUUUCUUUGAAGAUGAUUUUAUCAUGUAUGUUACUGAUUCAAUCUUGUUUCCUUACAAACAUGAAUGGAAUGAAGUUCUAUCAAGAUACACUGGUCGUUUCAUACAGUCAGGUUAUAAACAUUGUACAACUGUUCAUAAGUGUUAAAAAUCUGAUCAUUUACACAAGUAAACACUACAAGAGUUCUGUAUGUUAAGCAAUACUUCAAUAUACUGUAAUGAGUUGUACCAAAAAUAAAUAAGAAUGAAGCAGAUAUAUUAUAACAAUAAGAAAAAUCAUGUAUUAUAAGAGUCGCCCACCUGAUCUGUGAUUAAAUCACUGAAUAAUCAGAAUGUACUGUUCUUUGGCAGAUUUUCAAAUUUUAUGUUUAUUUAUUUUUAGUAUUUUUUUUUUAAAUUUACUUUCUCGAUCUAACAGGGUAGAUAGAAUAAAAAAAAAACACAGGAGUCACCAAUGCUUAUAAUAUAAUGCACAUAGCACCCAGUGCAAGUUAUGUGUGCCUCUUUUGGACCUGAGGUGGGCGUCAGAUCUAGAAAUCAAUUAAUCUCAUUGAGUUCUAGUUUCCGAGCUUUUCAUGAAUUGUGGAUCUAAGCAUCGCUGGUGGUUCUGCAUUUCUGAACACAAAUUAACCUUAAUGGCACUGUGGCAGACCUAGCCCUUACUUUUAUACUUUAGUAUGAACUGAUGAGAACUUUGGUAGUGAAUAUUUUUUUUAUAUAUAUACAUAUGUAUGUAUCUAUAUAUCUAUAACUCUCUCAAGCAUUGCAUCUUUCAGGUCUUUGUGUAUGGCUUUCUGAAGCCUUGUUGUAAAUUACUAUGUGGAUGGGGGUCUCUCACAUCAUAGAUGUGGAAAGUAUAAUUUUAUAUUUGUAUUUUCAAAUAAAUAAGUUUGUGAAAGGUUUCCAUCCUCUACUGUGGUCCAGAAAUCAAUGUGUUUGUCUGACAACAAAAAAAGAAUAAAUAAAAUAAACAGUUUUGAA